AUGGCUACCCCAAUUGACAGACUCACCAUGACCUCCGCGCUGCUGGCGAAAGAAGACUACGUGCAAGCAGAUGCCUCUUCAAAUAUCGCAACGCUCGAAGCCGCGUUGACAACGCUCUCCACAAAGCGAACCAACAUCAACCUCCGAUGCGUCAAACUGCGGGUGACGCUCACGCGGCUCACAGUGGGCAGGUACCAGGCGCGUGUAUCGCAGCAGCAGGAGCUCGAGGAGCGAUUAGCGAGGGAGAUCGUCGCGGGCGAGAGCGAGAUCAAGGUCCAUCUGAUGCGACUGGAAGCGCUUAAGAAGAACGUGGCCACCGUGGAGGCCUUUCUGAAAAAGGCGCGUGAGAAGGCGGCGCGCGAGAAGGCGACGCGUGAGAAGGCGCCGGCAGGACCAGCACGGCCGGAGGUGAAGAGGAGACCGGAGGCACCGAAGACGGAGGAGCAGAAGGCGGCAGAGCUGCUGAAAGAGGCGAUUCAGCGGAAGAGAGAGAUUGCCGGGAUUGCAGAAGCGAUUGCACGCUAUGAGUUUGAGGACGGCUAUGGGGGACGAUACAUUUAG